GCGGGAUAUUUCCGCAUUAUGCGAAGUUGCUGCAUAACGCCAACAAGAGCCAACAGCAUCAUGAUCGACGAGGUUGGAGGCACUACGUACACCAACUAGGUUCCGUCAUACUCUGUAUUUGGUCUGCAUUUCUGAAUAUCUGCCUGAUAUACAGCACCGGCGGUUAUGGUUAUCUCAUUUGGUUGACUUACAAUGGAAAAGAUAAAACAACCGAAAUACUGAUUAAAUGGUUUUUGGAGCAAUGGACUGUCGUCGCGCUGUUGACGAGUUUGCUUUUUAGUUUCAAAAGUCACAAGCUAUCCGCAGUCAUUGUUUGCUUGGAAACCGACCUCAACGGUGUUCAGCCGGAAACCUGGAUGAGGAAAAACAACAGUGUCUUUUAUAAACUGCUGGUUGUAGUUUUCGCCUUAUUGUUCAUUGUAUUGUCCGCAAUCUGGACCACCGUAAUUCUCGACCCGAUCGCUCAUAAAAUUACGUACGACAUUGUACGCAGAUCAUUGUUAGAGCUUGCUGACAUUCCGGUGAAUAUUAACAAUACGCUGGAUUUGAUGCGAAAUAUUACUCUGAAACUAAGGAAACUUGAUUUAUCCGACAGUCCCAGUUUGGCAAGCAACCAGGCUUCGGUGGUGUUGGGUUUAUUUUCCUUUUUUCCUCUCGUAUCUGGUCUGUUUGGAGUGCAGAUGGUGUUCAUUUUGAUCACAUUGCCGGUCCAUGCCGGUUUAUCUACUAUCAACCAAAAACUUGAGCACAUUUUUCAGGAUUUUGUCAGUACCUCGGAAGGGCUCAAUGAAAAAUUCUUUCAAGAGUUUCGCAGGCUGUCAUCGGAACACUUGAACCUGGCUGUACGUAUUCAGGAACUGGAUGAUAUUUUUGGACCUGCCCUUUUGUGGUUGUUUGUUUCUGAUAUGUACGUGAUUGUGUCUGGGAUUGGUGUUAUGAAAGGAAACACCAAUGGUCUGGGACCGUUUACCGCCGAAUUCUACACACCGGAAAAUUUUUUCCGAAUCGCCUGUCUAGGAAGUUGUCUUCUUGCAGUGCGGGUGUGGUGUGCAGUUCGUGUCCACGAAGAGGCGAACAUUUUUGGCGUUCGAGCUGCGGUGUUAAUGGAACAAAAAGGAGUAGCGGACAACUGCAGCCAAAAGAUGAUCCACCACUUGCAGCUCAUCAUCAACCGACUCGGAGUACUGAAGAACGCCUUCACUCUUUACCAAAUGUGUCCGCUAAAUAAAGAGUUCAUUGCAACGGUCAUUGGAGUACUGCUGACUUAUGUAACUUUAAUAUGGGAAAUGGACAAACAGUGAGCACUAAAUGGUUGUGGAUAGAACGCUGGCCACCGAACGAAUCACGAGCAUGACUUCUUUACUUUUCUGUAACUGAAGGUGCGUUCUGACUUUUGGGAGAAUCAUUGUGACCUUUGUGCUGUACCUGGUCCAGCGUGACCAACAUUCAAUAAUAACGAUAAAUGUACUGUAUUUACACGAUAUUGAUGAUUCUUGCCAGGAUGGCGCCCUGUGGCGGUUGGGAGCCGUGCGACUCAGGUGCGACGCGAAGUUGUCGUAGGCCCAUAGAAACUAGUGCUUAUCCCGGCACUUUUUAAACAGCGCGCGUUCGCAAACUGUACUGUUUGUUAACUGGACAUAUACAUGAAA